AUGACCCCACGUGACCCGGGGCCCCGCCCCCUCCCCAGCGAAGGUGCAGCCCUGGGCGGGAGGUGUCGCUGGGCGGGGCUGCAGCUGAUUCGGAGCCGGGAAUUUGCCGCCCCGGGCUUCCGGGCUCAGCACCCAGAACUGGGCGUGUACGCCCGUCGUUCGCGGGUUUUCUGGACCUUUGUCAAGAUGCUUCCAGACAAGGACCGCUGCUAUGCUCUUUACGAUGCCACCUAUGAGACCAAGGAGAGCAAGGAGGACCUGGUGUUCAUCUUCUGGGCCCCUGAGAGUGUACCCCUUAAGAACAAAAUGAUCUCCACCAGCUCCAAGGAUGCCAUCAAGAAGAAGCUGACAGGAAUCAAGUAUGAAUUACAAGCAAACUGCUACCAGGAGGUCAAGGACCGCAGCACCCUGGCAGAGAAACUAGGUGGCAGUGCCGUCAUCUCCCUGGAGGGCAAGCCUUUGUGA